CUAAACGUUAGAAAAUCUAAGCAUCUAUUAUGUCUAUGAUUUGACUGAUCCGCUGUAUAUUUUAUAUAACAGUUGUCACAUUGACAGUUGAGGUUAAGUCAUGCAACUUUCAAAAUCGAAAAAAUAAAUCAGUUUUCAAACAGUGACAAGCUAGAUAAUAAUCAUCUGAUCAUGACUUUAAGGCUAAUUGGACUUUGCCACUUGAAGCCUCUGAGACAGACUUGUGCAAAUGCACUAAUUACCAGACUGUCUUCGACCUCAAAACAAGAAAAGCCCCCCAGUCGCAGGCUCGAAGAGUUUAGGAAAAAGUUACGCGAAACAACACCUCUUGAAAAACUUGAUGAAAUAGCCGGCAAACAUCCCCACCAGGAAAAAGAGCCCUUGGAAGCGUGGCCUGAGAAUACAAACCCAGUAACUGGAGAAGUUGGGGGUCCUCGGGGGCCCGAACCCACCAGGUAUGGGGAUUGGGAGCGCAAAGGCAGGGUUACCGAUUUUUAGUUUAAUGUUGUAUAUAAAAAAAUGUAUUUGAAUAAAGUUAAAAACUUA